AUGACAGAACAAAUCAGAAAUUUAUUAGAAAAUAUGUUUCAUGCGGGGAUAGCGGACAGCAAAAACAAAUUUACAGGUCAAGAAAUGUAUGAUAAACUAUUGAAACGGGCUCAACGUGGUGAAUUUGAUCAAAGUGAUGUUCCAAAAGUAUUCACUAUUAAUAACUGGAUUGCGACUUUUAGUCGCAAGUGGAAGCAAAAUAUGGGGCAAGACAUUCUUUGGAG